AUGUUCUCAAAAAUUGUAAAAAGUUGUUUAAUUUUGUGCACUUUUGCAUUUAUUGCACUCGCAGAUCAGCACCAGGAAGAAGAAAAUUUAUUGAGUAGGCAGAAAAGAUUUCUUGUUUUUGAACCAUCAACUGUCUGGCAGCUUUCCAUGGCAUUGGUGUCAAAAAUUGCAUACGUCGACAGUCAUAGAGUUGCCAUAAAUUCAGGAUUUAAUGUCAACUACAAUCUUCCGACCAGUUUAGCAAAUUUUUACAAGCCAACGUACUUUAGGUCCCUUGAAAACAGCACAUCACCAAUUUUUGAAUUCAUCAAAAAAUUUGCAGAAAGUAAUGACACUUCUGUGGCUGAUUUAACUAAACAGACAGCUAAAAUUUCUGAUGAUGAAAAAUCAGAAAAGAGAAAUAAUGAUGAAAAUAGAACAAAUGAGAAUUUAGAAGCAGAUGAUGAUAAUGAAGUGACCACGACUGAAACAGAAACGACAACAAAAAAGUUAAAGAAGAAGAAGAAACCAAAAGUAAAGCGUGAUUUAACAGCUGCUGAACUUUAUUCUGGACUUAAGGAUACUCUGAAAGUCUCUGGUUAUCAUGAAGAUUGUUUACUAAAAAGCAUCUGUGAACUUGCAAGGCAUCCACUUACUGAUCAUGAUAAUGAUUUAGUCUAUGAAGUAUUGCACUUUGUUUUGACCCCAUCGGUGCAUCAAGGAUUUGACUCUGAAACAGAAGUAGAUGAACAAAGAAUCUACGAAGAAGCUGAAACUAUUGGAAAUUCUGGUGGUGAUUGUGAAUUAUUUUAUUCAUCAUGUGAAAGUUCACCGCUAAAUUCAAUUUCUCAAAUUAUGCAUGAAGAUUUUUAUGACUGA